AUGGCUGCCGGGCCUGGGGUCGGGGAGAGCACGGGGAUCAGAACAGGAAGAGGGGGCCCCGGCUCCGCAGCUCCCCGCCGGCCCUCGCAGCCUUCCCUGCGCGGCCCCCAGCGCGGCCCUUCCCACCCGGAAACCCGCGGUCAGGUCCACGUCUCCCUGCCCCCUCCGCCCGGCUGCGGCGGCGGCGGCUGGACAGGGGUGGGGCGCGCGCCCGCUCGCCCACCGCGGAGCGGGGCCCCGGCCGCAGCCUCGGGAUCCCAGGACGCACGGAGGGCGCGGCCGGCCGGGCUCCGGGCAGACCCCGACCCCCGCCGGCCGGUCCUCCGCGGGAUCCUGGCUCUGAUGGGCGCCGGCCGCCGCCAAGGCCGCGACCCGGGACCCCCGCCGCCCCCGGGUCCGCGCGGGGACCCUCGGGAGCCCCGGGCGCGGCGCGGCGCGGACUUGGAGGCGGACUUGCUCGAGGGCCGGGCCCGGGGGCGAGCACGGUGCUCCAGGGCGGCUCGAGGGCGGCCGGGAGCCCGGUCCAGCCCCCCCCCCCGGCACGCGCCAGCCGCAGCCUCACCUGCGCUCCCCGACGUCUCCCGAAGCUCUCGAGCCGCGGAUCGGCCGCCGCCUCCCGCGCCCCCUGCUCGCGCCCCGCCUGCCGCGCGGCCCCGCCCCGGCUCCGGCCGGCCCCCUCCCCCGCAGGGUGGCCGCCAGCUCCCUCAUGUGACGCGGGAACAGCUGCGGCCUGAGUCACCGGGGCUCACGAGGGGGGUGGGGGCAGGCGAGCCCCCCGCCCGGGCGGCGCCACGUGGCCCCUACCGGGAAAGCGCGAGCCAGGAGCCGGACCUCAGGGUUCCCGGAUCCCUUACUGGAACCCGGCGCCGUCCGGGUCUCCCCGGUUCGGGAACGCGGAGUAGGCGAGGGAGACCCCGGAGGACCAAGGGGCCGCCCAGAGCUGCCCAGAGGCGGAGAUGA